AUGUCUGACAACCAAGGUACAUAUUCCGGCCAUGGCCAUGACCACGAGGGUUUCUUUGAAAGAAUCCUCGAUCACAAACACCACGGGUCUACGAAUUAUCAGCAAAGUCAUCCUGAGAAAACCCACGAGGGCCAUGCCAACGAGCAGAGCCAAUCGCAGCCCCAUGAAGAAAGCGAAAUGGACAAGUUCAAGGAUUAUUGGAAGAAAGAUAAACAAUUGGAGGAAGAGGGGGACGAGUACGGUGGACUAAUGUAG